GGGACCGGCCAGGCCGCGGCGGGCGCUGUUUCUCUUUCACUUUCCUUCCCUCUGAGGCCGGCGCGCUGGCGGGCGAGAAGCGGCGGCGGCGGCCGCGGGAUAUGGGAAAGCAGAACCACCAGAAGGAGUGAUGACCAGCGAUCUCAUGAUAAAUCUGGAUGUUAGUUCUCAUGCCUCAGGACAUCCAGUUGGGAACUCCACACCAGCUCCUGGGAUCAGACUUUCAUCCACUUAAUACCCCUCUUUGCCUGAACUACUAAAGCCAGUCCUAGCUAACCACGAAUGGCUACCCAAAGGAAACACUUGGUGAAAGAUUUCAAUCCGUACAUCACCUGCUAUAUCUGUAAAGGGUAUCUGAUCAAGCCAACUACAGUGACAGAAUGCCUCCAUACCUUCUGUAAGACUUGUAUUGUCCAACACUUUGAAGAUAGCAAUGAUUGUCCAAGGUGUGGCAACCAGGUUCAUGAGACAAAUCCAUUAGAAAUGUUGAGGUUGGAUAAUACAUUAGAGGAAAUUAUAUUUAAGCUGGUCCCUGGACUACGAGAACAAGAACUUGAGCGUGAAUCUGAAUUUUGGAAGAAAAAUAAGCCUCAAGAGAAUGGACAAGAUGAUACUUCAAAAGUUGACAAACCUAAAGUAGAUGAAGAAGGUGAUGAAAAUCAAGAUGAUAAAGACUAUCACAGAAGUGACCCACAAAUUGCUAUAUGUCUAGAUUGUUUACGAAAUAAUGGACAAUCAGGGGACAAUGUAGUCAAGGGUUUAAUGAAGAAAUUCAUUCGAUGUUCUACACGUGUAACUGUGGGAACUAUUAAAAAAUUUCUAAGUUUAAAACUAAAACUUCCAAGUUCGUAUGAGUUGGAUGUGCUGUGCAAUGGUGAAAUUAUGGGGAAGGAUCAUACUAUGGAAUUCAUCUACAUGACAAGAUGGCGACUAAGAGGCGAAAACUUUCGGUGUCUGAACUGCUCAGCUUCGCAAGUCUGCUCUCAGGAUGGCCCUUUGUAUCAGUCAUACCCCAUGGUAUUGCAGUAUCGACCAAGAAUUGAUUUCGGUUAGACCAAGGGCCCUAGAUCCCACUGAGAUGAAUCCUGCACUAUUUGUUUACUCAUCGACAGAUUGCACAGUGAACGGUGUGUGGACUAAAGGGACACAACCAGAUUUUCAGCAUGCAAAUAAGGCCAUUGUCUGUCUCUGAAGUGUCAGUUGCAUUUAUGUUGUUUCUAUUAAGAGCAAACCAAGUGCCAUUCUGCUACUGAACCAUCUGCAUAAGGUGUUUGUGCUGCUCACAGUGUACAAUACAAGUCGCAGUUGAAAUCAGUUAGCUGUGCAGCCACACGAUUCAGCCUUCAGAAUAUUUUGCUUGCCUGUUCCAAGAUUGUUCUGAUGUUUAAUUACACUAGUAAUAUGGCUCAAUCUUUGUGGUGUUGCAGUUUUCACAUACUAUUUUAUUAAUUCUUGUUUAAAUAGAGUACUGUACAAGAAACUAAUAAUUAUUAUAUCUUGAAAUUAUUUUGUAUGGGAAAUGUACUUAGAAAAGUGGUUUUUGAGCCACUGUCCUGUUCUCGGUAAGCUUUUUGUGUGCAAAAUAGUUCACUCCUGAGUGUGCAAGUCCUUUUGGGAAGAAUUCCGAUUAUUCUUUAACAUUAGAGCACAUUUUAAUCAUAGACAUUUUAAGUCAUCUGUCUGUGUAGUCUACCAAUUGCACAAGGAAGGCAUGUUAGCCCUCCAGAUUGAAACUGUAUGUGACUUCGUAGAGAACUGAAGUUCGAUUCACAACCAUUCGAAAUGUUGGCAGCUCAUCACAUUUACUUCUAACGAAAUUAAUGUGUAAGUAAGGUUAAUCUUCUUUCAUGAUGCCUUAUGACAGUGGGUGCAGCUUCAUGAAAUGUCAUUGUAUAGCCCAUUUUAUGUAUGCAUCGUUUUAUUGUUGCUCUCAUUUAGUGAGUACCUGGUUUCUCUUUUUAAGUUGGCCUUAGGUGUAUGGCGUUGUGGCAUGCAGAAGGUUAUGAUGAUUUUAAAUAUUAGGAUUUUUAGAGCAGAUAACAUUAGCUAUUUUAUGGAUUUCAAAAGUCGCAAAGCAAUUGUAGAUUAAAACUGUUACCUAUCACAUUUCCAAACCAUAUAUGCAUAAAAUAGAAUAAAUGCAGUGUAGUAGAUAAAUGUGAUAACCAAAAUUAAUGGUUUGAGGAUAUUUCAUUUUAGAUCCUGUAGUAAUCAGGGGGAAGUGGAAUUAUUCUUUUAUACAUAAAUUCAUUAAGGUCCGAGCCAUGAUGAUGUACUUGAUUUUGCAGUUUUGUUAAGUCUUCCAUUCAUUUUGAGAUUAGUCUGUAAGUCAAAGAAAGUCUUAUUACCUUAAAUUAUAUGAAGAACUUUGUUCUAAACCUUUUAAAAUUUAUGGUUGUUUUCAAAAAACUUCUUUGAAAAUUUUUAUUAAUUGCUUCAAAAUGUUAACCUCUGAAACUUAGGAAAAAAUCUUGAAAGUUAGGAAAAAUAUUUGUUUUAGAAAUCUGACAUGAGCACAAUCUGUGUGUUACACACAUAGUUUUUAUACUGUAUACAUGUAGAUGUGCUACAUUUUCCAGUAAAAUGUAUCACAAAUUAAUGCCUUCUGAAUCUCAAAAUGCUUCUUAGAAAUAAAACAUUGUACAACUCUAAGAAACACAUACAAAAUACAGCUAAAUCUUGAUGCAUUUCAUAAUAUAAAAGGCUGAAACUUCGUAAUUAUCUUUUCCAUCUAUCUUUGUUUCAAGUAAAAAAGUCUAUAUUAAAGUUUUCUGUUGUUUUUUCCUGACUUUUGUGAAAAAGGUUAUGGCAAUACUUUCUUAUUUCAUUUUGUUAGAUUGUGUUUGUGCUUGGAAGGGCUCACAAGCAGAAUUUAAAAGGCAGUUUUUUGUUAACUCUUUAAAUGGUUGGAACAGACGAUUACACUCAACCAAAAACUGAAUUUACUCUCUAGCUACAGAAAUUAUUUUGCUAUGCUGUGAAAUCCAAUUCCCUAGCAUCCCUAAGAAACUUAAAAAUUUAUUAUAAAUUUGUCACAUCGAGGUCAGUGAUUAAAAUAAUAGUGUUUUACAUAAUAAUUUUAGCUAACUUAACUCAGAAUGAAUUGAGAGUGCAUUUUAAAAACCACAGAUGAGACCUGGAUGUUUUUGGGUCCCCAGCCAAAACUUACAGCCUUAACGAGUUUUAUAUACAAGAUCUCUUUAAAUUUGGCCUAUUGCCUCGUCAUACGUAAUUUCACUAUUUUCCAAGGAAAUAUAUAGGAAGCAGUUAUGAAAUUGAGAAUAGUUUUAUAUAAAAUUCCUUUAUUAAUGUUAAUGUAUUAACAUUUUUAUUGAAAUGCGAUGGAAUAUGUGCCAAAAUGUGAAAACCUUACAUAAAGAAGGGCAUCAGUUGUCAUUUGGGGGAAGGUACACAUUUUAUGAUGGUCCUGAGUAAUACGGUAUUACUAUAAGAACCACAGACUUCUUCAACCGACCUCUUUUGGUAUAUUCAACUAUGAUUUUCUAAGUAUGGGACUACUUUCAUGUCGAGUAAUACACUAAAUCCCUAAGUUUAUUAUUAUUAUUCCCUAAGUCAGGUUGUAGAAUUUGUAAGAAACCAGGUAUAGAAAAAAUAGACAGGCAACUUUUGUGGUUAGCUUUAUAAAUUUAGGGUGCUAAUAAAACAAAUAACCUAUAGGAAUGAUCCUCUGAAUCUGCAAAAUUAGAGAAUAAAUAAAACUAAAUUAACUUUUUCUUUAGCCUGUUGUUUCU